AUGGCCAGUCAUGAUCCACGCCACAAUCACCCUGCCCAAGAAGAGACAACCACCACCACCGCCAUCCAUCCUAUUUCUUCACCAACCACCGCCACCGGCACAGCCACCUCCACCUCCGCCGCCAGUAGAAAAUGCAAAGGCAAGGGUGGCCCAGACAACAACAAGUUCAGAUACAGAGGAGUGAGACAACGCAGUUGGGGCAAAUGGGUGGCCGAGAUCCGGGAGCCCCGCAAGCGAACGCGCCGCUGGCUCGGAACCUUCGCCACGGCGGAGGAUGCCGCCCGUGCCUACGACCGCGCAGCCGUCAUACUCUACGGCUCCAGGGCUCAGCUCAACCUCCAACCCUCGACUGGCUCCGGAACCUCCUCCUCCUCCUCCUCCGCGCGUGGCGGCGCUGGCGGUGGCUCUUCGUCCUCCACACAAACACUCCGCCCCUUGCUUCCUCGCCCCGCAGGAUUUGGCCCCACCUUUCCACCUCCCUUGUCGGCGGCGGCUGUGGCUAGCUUCGUGCCCUACGGCGUUUAUUCUACCCUAGAGUACGCUAACAAUAUCGCACAAAACCCACACCAAGUUUUACAGCAACAACAGUUGGAGAUAUCCGAUGUCAAGCCUAGGGUUACCUCCGCCGCCGCGGUUUCAUCUUAUCCAAACCCUAUUGAUCAUCAUCAAGAUGAUGGACACCAGCAGCAGCAAGAGCGGCAGCUUUGUUUGUACGAUGAAAGUAAAUCGUUGGUGGGGUCGUUUGGCUCGAGCUUGUCUUUGUCUCCGCAGCAUCAGGUUGCACCGGCGCCGUCAGAUCUGCCGGCGGCAGGGUUAGCCGAAUCUCCGUCGUUGUGGCCGUUGGCUAGUGAUGAUGAGUAUCCGCCGGCUAGUAUAUGGGACUACGGCGAUCCUUGCUUCGAUUUUUGA